CUGAUCGAGCGUGGGGGUAUGAGCGGGAGCGCGCCUCGCCCUGUUCCUUCCGUGUGUGACUGCUGCUGUUCCGAGUCCCGGCGCUUCGACCCACUCCACACACACUAAAGAUACGUCGCUUCCCUGUCGAGUGAAGAUGAGCCUACAAUGUUUUGCACUGCUACUUCUAAUGCAAUUUCUAGAUGCUUUGCAGCACAAUAAUGUACAUGUGGAUCCUGAAGCCUACAUGGAUAUUUCCCAGCUGAUCUCCUACCGUGGUUAUCCUAGUGAAGAAUAUGAGGUGAUGACUUCUGAUGGCUAUAUCCUUUCAGUAAACAGAAUUCCCUAUGGAAUCAAUGACACUCCGGAAAGCAAAGGAUCUCGGCCAGUAGUAUUUCUGCAGCAUGGUUUACUGGCAGCUGGAAGCAACUGGGUCACAAACUUGGCCAACAACAGCCUGGGCUUUUUUCUAGCAGAUGCUGGUUAUGAUGUCUGGAUUGGAAAUAGUCGUGGAAACACCUGGUCCAGAAAGCACAUAAAUAUUCCGGUUUAUAAGGAUGCAUUCUGGAGAUUUAGCUUUGAUGAGAUGGCCACCAAAGACUUACCAGCAGUGCUAAACUUCAUCCUUGCGAAGACUAACCAAGAACAGUUGUACUAUGUUGGUCAUUCUCAGGGGACAACAAUUGGUUUCAUAGCCUUUUCUACAAUGCCAGAGCUAGCAAAGAAAAUUAAGUUAUUUUUUGGCCUGGCUCCUGUUGCAACAGUUAAAUAUGCUACCAGCCCACUGGUAAAACUCGGUCUUCUUCCGGAGUUUUUAAUCAAAGAUAUGUUUGGGAGAAAGGAUUUCCUUCCACAGACCAAGGCAAUAACGUGGCUUGCUACACACGUGUGUAACCAAGUCUUGAUUGAGGAGCUGUGUGGCAAUGUAUUCUUCAUAAUAAGUGGAUUCAAUACAAAGAACCUUAACAUUAGCCGAAUUCCAGUCUAUUCAGCCCAUUGUCCAGCUGGAACCUCUAUACAAAAUGUUCUCCACUGGAGCCAGAACAUAAGAACAGGACGCUUUCAGGCUUUUGAUUGGGGUUCCGAUGAUGAGAAUAUGGCUCACUAUAAUGAGACAAUACCGCCUCUGUACAAUAUAAAAAAGAUGAAUGUUCCCACCGCUCUCUGGACUGGAGGACAUGACUGGCUGGCUGAUCCCACUGAUGUGACUAUGUUGCUACAUAAAUUGCCCAAUUUAAUUUACCAUAAGGAAAUCCCAGAUUGGGAACAUCUGGAUUUCAUCUGGGGCCUGGAUGCUCCAUCGCGCAUGUACAGAGAAAUCCUUGAUCUCAUGAAAAAAUAUCACUGAGUCUGGAACAACAUGCUGUAAACCAUUUUUAAAUGUAGAGUCAAUAUAUACUCCGGUUUGUGUUUUGUAUAUUUUCCCUUUCAGCUGCAUUACUGGGACCAUUGAUGGUCUCGGGUAGUUCUUAAAAAGAAAUUAUGUACCAUAUUUUAAGUAAAGCUUUGGUAAUUUGAUACCCAGAUUGUGCCUGAGCCAUGUUUUUGCAAAAUGAAUACCUGUAUGUAUGUGUUCGGGUGUCUAAACCUACACCUUCUGAUGGUUAUGGGAAAAUGUUGGGUCUGAUGUGAUUUGUUACUGUUCACGUUAGCUUUACCACUGACAAGAUGACUGAUUUUUUAAAAUAUAUUGAUCAUGCCUAUAAUUGCAACACAGUCAAGCUAUUCUAUUGAGUGUCUUGAUAAAGACAGCCUUUUUAAAAUUGAUUUUUAUACUCGUAAUUGUUUUUUGCUCAGAGUGAACAUUUUUUUAAAGCAAUGCAGGCCUUACCCUUAUAAUGGACUUCUGUCAUGAAGUAUAAUGCUCUAGUCAACAGAGCGGUGAUUAUACAGGAUAUUCAAGACAAUGAAUUCCUCAGCAUCCUUAAUUUCAGAUGUAAUUAAUUUAUCUGAUUCCUUUUCAGAUAUUGUAAUAAUUAUGUGGAACCCUAUCCACUGGAUUCUGUAUUUUGAUACUAAUACCACUAGUUUAAAUUUUCAACAAUACUUUUAUUACUGAAUGCAGAUUUCAUGAAAUAGAUCGUAACUCAUUACAUGGGACAAUCUACACCUUGUCAUUCAAGGUCAGAAAAUAGCUUAAUUAAAAGCUUGCUUUGUUUCAUUUAACUAUUUGGAUUUUCACAAAAGAAAAACAUUGAAUGACCUGGUGUGGACUGUGAAAAGAUUGUAAUAUUAAACUUGAAAGAACUCUUUACCGUGUGUUUUUUAAUGGAAAUUAUUAUUGUAUAAAGCAAUAUUGUUGCUGUCUUGGGUGUAGUUUUAAUGUACUUUCAAUAGCAUCAUUUGAAUUUGUAACAUUUAAUACAAGUCAGAUACUUAGCAGAAACUCCACCUGAUCUGGUAAACUGGAAUAAUGAGAGUAUCAUGCAGAGUGACAAUUCAUUAUUCCAGUCUGUAUAACCUCGCUAGUACAUGAUGGGUGUCCCUUUUCCCAUUCUAAAACGUUUGCAACAUAAAUUUGUAAAACUAGCCACAAAGUAACAACUUUGAUUUUCUUUAGUCAUGUGUGUGGAUUUGCUGUGAACCAGACAACUGAUGGUACAUUGCAAUCAAUGUGUAUUCAAAGGGUCUCGGCCCGAAACGUCCACUGUACCUCUUCCUAGAGACGCUGCCUGGCUUGCUGCGUUCACCAGCAACUUUGAUAUGUGUGGCUUGAAUUUCCAGCAUCUGCAGAUUUCCUCGUCAAUGUGUAUUUGUGUUAAUUACUUUGGAACAAGCAGGGCUGAGGCAUUCGUCAGCAUUCACAGCUGAAUUUCAGAACAAUACAUGUAAGGUAGCAACGAUAACUUGACUAUAAUUGUUAUGGUGCUUAAAGAUUGGAACGCUGCUGGAAGAUGAUGCAAACCUUUGAACUGCAGAAGACAGUGCUCAUCAGUUUUAACACUGAAAUCCACCAAGUUUGCAUCUAUUGUUUUACAUGUAUCUUUAUAGUGCCUUGUCCUAUGUCUUGCUAUUACAAUGGAACAAUUUCAAUAAAGAGUAAAGCUACUGUACU